CCCCCCCCCGGGGGUCCCCGCCGUCCCGGCCAUGGUCCCCUGGGUGCUGACCCUCCUGCUCCUCGCCGGGGGGGCCCGGCCCGGCCCGGCCGCCGCUGCCAGCGGCCCCCCCCGCCCCACCGCCUGUCCCCCCGCCGGGUCCCGCUGCCCCCCGGGCACCUACCCCCACCCGCCCCCCCGCCACCGCCCCGGCCGCUGCCCCACCGCCGGGAACGAGACCCCCGUCGUCUGCAAAGAGUUGCGGUGCCCGUCGCCGCUGUCGUUCCCGCAGGGGACGCUCUCCCCCCGCCGCCCCUCGCACCCCCCCGGGGCCGUUCUGGCCUUCGCCUGCGACGACGGGUUCGUGCUGCGGGGCCCGGCCCGGAGGCGCUGCCGGCCCGGAGGCCUCUGGAGCGGCACCAGCCCCGUCUGCGACGACGGCGCGGGUGACUGUCCCCCGGCCCCGGCCCCCGCCGGGGGGGUGACGACGGGGCGGGGCCGGCAGCGGGGGGCGGUGGUGCACGUGCGCUGCGGGGCGGGGCUGAUGCUGCUGGGCCCCGCCCACCGCCGUUGCCUGGAGACGGGCCGCUGGUCCGGCCCGGAGCCCUCCUGCCGCCACCCCUACGCCUACGACCUCCCCGAGGACGUCAGCGAGGGCUUCGGGGCGUCUCUCACCUCCGUCCUGGAGCUGGCGGGCGCCCGCCCCCACAACGACUCGUCCCUGGGCCGUCGCAUCGUGCUGAGCAGCGAGGGGUCCCUCCACGUCUACCUGCUCCUCGACGCCUCCGGCAGCGUCCGCUCGGAGAACUUCCGCCUCUUCCAGGAGUGCGGGGCCGCCAUCGUCGACAGGCUCAGCAGCUUCGAGGUGGCCGUGAGCUUUGCCGUCAUCUCCUUCGCCAGCCGGGCCCUGGUCAUUGUCUCCACGGCCGAGGACGAGUCGGCCGACGCCGACGAGGUUCUCCACCGCCUGGAGAACAUGACCUUCACUGACCACGGCAACGCGACGGGCACCAACGUCCGCGGGGCGCUGAUGGAGGUCUACCACAUGCUCCUCUUCCAGAAGGCGCGGGCGGAGCGGAUGGGCCACCCCGACUCCUGGCGGCACGUCCGCCACGUCGUCAUCCUGCUGACGGACGGCAGGUUCAACGUUGGGGGGCACCCCCGGGACGUGGUGGCCAAGAUUGAGGACGUGCUGGAGAUCAAGCCGGACCGGGAGGACUACUUGGACAUCUACGCCUUUGGGGUGGGGGCGCUGGAGGUGGACGUGGCGGAGCUGGCGGCGGUGGCCUCGCACCGGCGGGACGAGACCCACGCCUUCAAGCUGGCGGACGCGGCGGCGCUGCGGCAGGCGCUGGAGGCGGCGCUGGUGGCCACCACCCUUGGGGACCUCUGCGGCGUCAUCGUCCCCGCCGGGGCCUCCCGGCCCCCCUGGCACGUCAUCCUGAGGGCAGGGCGGGAGCAGCGCUGCGCGGGGUCCCUGGUGGGGGGCCGCUGGGUGCUGACGGCGGCACACUGCUUCCUGGGGGGCCCCGCGCCCCACGCCUGGACCGCCGACCUGGGGGAGGGGGAGCUUGUGCCCCUCCAGCGCUGGGUGCUCCACGAGAACUUCGACGUCCGUGCUGGGGUGUCCCGGGGGAUCCCCGAAUUUUACGAUUACGACGUGGCCCUGGUGGAGCUGGAGCGGGAGGUGGGGACCCGCGGGACCCCCAGGCGCGUCUGCAUCCCCUGCACCGAAGACGCCAACCGGGCGAUGAGGAAACCGCCGGGGAUGACCUGCGAGGAGCAAGAGGCCGAGCUGCUGGGCCGGCCCCGGGUCCCGGCUGAGUUCGUGUCCCUGGACCCGCAGAGGAUGGGGGUGCAGAUCAAGAGACAGGAGGCGUGGGCCGCCUGCGCUUCGGGGGCGACGCAGCCGGGGACCCCCUACGCCGCAGCGGCGCUGGGGGAGGUGGUGACCGAUCGGUUCCUCUGCUCGGGGCAGGAGAGCGGGGGCCCCCCCGAGGCCGCCACCUGCAAAGGGGAGUCCGGGGGGUCCCUGUUCCUGGAGAGGAGGCACCGCUUCAUCCAGGUGGGGGUGGUGAGCUGGGGCACCUUCGACCCGUGCCGGGGGGGGACGGCGCACGGUUGGGGGGGUCCCGCUUCGACCCCCGGCCCCCCCCGGACACCGACCCCGCGAUUUCCACAUCAGCCUCUUCCGCGUCCAGCCGUGGCUGCGCCGGCACCUGCGGGGGGUCCUCGCCUUCGCCCCCCUGCGCUAACGCCGACCCUGGUGGUGACCCCCACCCCCACAAUAAAGCUUGUGCCCCCCCCCCGCCGUGAGCUUCCUUCUAGGGUGUCGCGGUGCCGCCUCUUCCCGGCGGGGGGGGCCCCCCCCGCACCCAUGGCUUGGCUGGGUGCCGGCGGGGGGGGGGUGGGGCAGGUGCACCCAGGUGCCUGGGUCUUCUGGGGGGGGCAGAGCAGGUUCCCCCCCUCCCCGAACAUCUGGGUCCCUUAUGGGGGGGGGGGGUCGGAGCAGGGGAUCCAGGAGUUCAGGGUGGGACCCUCGUUAGCGGCAGCUGCUGUUAAUGAGGCCUCGUUGCCCCGAGAGGCCGCGGACGGACGGACGGACGGGCUCGGACCCACGGCCAUGGCGGGAGCCUUCCUCGCCCUCCUGCUCCUCUUGGCCCCCGCCGAUGGCAGUCCCACGGCAGCCACCCCGGGGCCCCCCCCCACGUUGCCCCCCGACCCCCCCCGCUGCGACCCGGCGCUGGUGCCCAUCGCGGGGGGCUGGGGGGAGCUGGUGGCGGGGGGAGAGGGGCUGCGCUACCGUUGCCCCCCCGGCAGCACCCCCCUCCCCACCGGCCUCCGGCGCUGCAGCCCCGAGGGGACCUGGGACCCCCUGCCAGGGGGGGUCACCCCCCGCUGCCAAGCCGUCUGGUGCCCGGCGCCGCUGGAGUUCGAGCACGGCUGGUUCUGGCCGCGGGGGGGGCGUCACGCCCCCGGCUCCCGCCUGGAGUUCGGCUGUUUCGGGGGCUUCACCCUGCGGGGACCCCACGUCCGCGUCUGCGGCCCCGGGGGGCGCUGGGGGGGGGCCACCCCCGUCUGCGACGAUGGCGCGGGGGCCUGCCCGGCCCCGGGGGUCCCACCGGGGGCCACCAAGGAGGGGUCGGGGUACGGGGUGGAGGGACGCGUCCGGUACCGCUGCGGGCCCGGGCUGCAGCUGGUGGGCUCGGCCGAGCGACGCUGCCUGGAGGGGGGCGUCUGGAGCGGCACCGAGCCCCGAUGCCGCGACCCCAACUCCUUCGACACCCCCGAGGACGUGGCUGCCUCCUUCCUGGCCUCCCUCGCCCAGACCGUGGAGGUGGCCGAGGCCAACGACACCAGGGGCCCCACGGAAAAGCGUCGGAUCCGCCUGAGCCCCGGAGCCGCCCUGAACAUUUACCUGGUGCUGGACGCGUCCCAGAGCAUCGGCCCCGAGGAUUUCGGGGACGCCCGGAACGCCCUCAGGGAGCUGGUGGAGAAGAUCGCCAGCUAUGGGGCGCCCCCCCACUACGGGAUCGUCACCUUCGGGACGGAGGCGCGGGUGGUGCUGAGCCCCAUGGAGCCGCAGGCGGCCGACGGGGCCUCGGUGGGCAAGCUGCUGGAGGAGCUGCCCUUCGCAGCCCACGCGCAGAAGCCGGGGACGAACCCCCACGCCGCCCUCAAGGCCGUCUACGAGCUGCUGGUGCAGCAGGAGCGGGCAGAGCAGCUGCGGGGGCUGCAGCCCCCCCCCGUCACCAACAGCACCCGCCACGUCCUCAUCAUCAUGACUGACGGCCGGGUGAACAUGGGGGGGUCCCCGGUCCCCGUCAUCCACCAGAUCCGGGAGCUGCUGAGCAUCGGCCGGGACCCCCGCAACGACCGGGAGGACUUUUUGGACGUGUACGCGUUCGGGGUGGGGUCGCUGGUGCACGUGGAGACGCUGAACGCGCUGGCCUCGCACAAGGACGGGGAGCAGCACGUCUUCCUGCUGCGGGGGCUGCCCGACCUGCAGGAGGCCUUCCACCGCAUGAUCGACGAGAGCGAGACCAUGGGGCUCUUGCGGGCUCACCUACGAAUUCAAGAGCGCCAGCGACCGGGAGAGGAACCCCUGGCACGUCACCAUCAUCGUCACUGUGAGCUGGGGGGGCGCCCCGAGAAGGGCCAGGAGCGCUGCCAGGGGUCCCUGGUGUCCCCCUACUUCGUGCUGACGGCGGCUCACUGCUUCCACGUGGACGACCAGGCGCCGUGGGUCACCGUGGAAGUGGGGCCGCGGGUGCAGCGGAAGGUGGCCAGGCUCUUCCUGCACCCCCAGUACGACCUGGGGGGGCGGCGGGACCGGGGGGUCCCCGAGUUCUACGACUACGACGUGGCCCUGGUGCAGCUGGAGACCGCGGUGCCCCCCCAGCCCCACCACGCGGUGAGGGGACGGGGGGGCCUGGGGCAGCAGCGGGGCUGCGGGGCGGGGGGGGCCGUGGGGGAGAGGGGGCUCUCCCCCUCUGCCUGCCCUGCACCGAAGGUGCCUCCCGGGCGCUGCGGCUGCCGCCGGACCAGAGCACCUGCGAUGAGCACCGCCGCCUGCUGCUCCCCGAGAAGAACCUCGACGCCUUUUUCGUCUCCCCCCGCGGCCCCUCGGAGCUGCAGCGACGCCCCGUCCACCUCAAGCUGGGGGAGCAGCGGGGUCCCUGCGAGGCCGACGCGCUCCAGGCCCCCCCCCUACGCCAACGUCCUGGCGCUGGAGGACGUCGUCACCCCCCGGUUCCUCUGCUCCGGCGGCACCGAGCCCUACGUCGACCCCAACGCCUGCCGCGGUGACUCUGGGGGUCCCAUUGUUGUCACUUGGGGGAAGCGCUACUUCCAGGUGGGGGUGAUCAGCUGGGGGGUGCUGGACGUCUGCCGCCAGCCCCGCGCCCCCCCCUUCGCCCGGGAUUUCCACAUCAACGUCUUCGAGGUGCUGCCCUGGCUGCGGGGGCAGCUGCAGGACGAGGACCUGGGCUUCCUCCCGUGACGCGUCGCGACACGUCGCGACACGUGGCGGGGGGGGCACGAGGCAGCCGCCGGC